AUGUCCUCUUUUUCGCUGCCUCAGAUCAACGACAAUCCCGAUGGAGGUUGGGGACCGUCAUCGUCCACUGUACCUGCACAAUUCAAGUUCAAGGACAUUCCUUACGCCCCCUACUCAAAAUCUGACAAGCUUGGACGUUUCGCGGACUGGAAUGAUAUCUCUGGUGACGGACGCCCGACCAACCUAGGUCUAUCGUCUACCCAGACUACGCGCGGUGGAGGACCCGGUCGUAGGGGUCGCGAGGGCCAGCAAGCUUUCGGCAGCGGUGCUGCGAGUGCAUUUGCGUAUUUCCAUGCGGAGGAUGAAUCGAGCUUCUCUGUCGUGGAUAGCAAGGCGACCGCGACACGCAGGGGUGGUCCCAUGACCCGAGGCAGGUCCACCGGUCGAGGAGGCGGUUACGGCAGGGGCGGAAACUCGCAGAGGGGAGGUCGCGGAGGGUUCUCUGGCGGUCGGGGUGGAGGCCAGCGCGGUGGAAGGAGGGGUUGGAGAGACUGGGAAAAGAACGGUCGAACCCGGGAGUCUUCCGUCGCGAUCUCUCCGGACUGGGCUAUGCUCGAGGAGAUUGAGUUCCACCGUCUCGCUAAGUUGCGGCUUGAAGUCGACGAGCCUGAAGAUCUCCAAACCUAUGGUCGCGUGUACCCAUAUGACAAGACAUACGACCGUAUCAACACAAGGAACGAGAAACCUUUGCAACUACUUGACCGUAUCAAGUACAACCCAACCACAUCCGAUGAUCCUGUAAUCCAGGGGUUGGCAGCCAAUGAUACAGCAACGAUCUACACCACCGAUGUCAUCCUUAGUGUGCUCAUGUGUGCACCGAGAUCAGUUUACCCUUGGGACAUCGUCGUCGUUCGCGAGGGGAAUAAGCUGUUCUUCGACAAGCGUGACGGCGGUCCUUUCGAUACCGUCACCGUGAACGAGAAUGCGGCUGAUCCGCCUCAGGACCCGACCACCGUGAACCCGAACAACCCGAACGAGAAGAUCGCUGUGCCAGAAACUCCUUCCAUCAACUCCGCUACCUCUCUAUCUCUUGAGGCAACGUACAUCAACCAGAACUUCUCGUUCCAGACGGUCAUCGAGACGCCCCCUCCCCCUGCGGUGGACUUCUCCAAGCCGAACCCUUUCUACGGUCCUGAUGAGACGGAGCCGCUGGCAUCUUGUGGCUAUCGCUACCGUGUCUUUGAUUUGGGCGUCACUGAAGACGAGGACAUCCGCAUAUGUGUCCGUACUGAAGUCGACGCCUACACUCCAGGGCAGGACCCCCUUCAGGGUCGUGGCCUUGUGACUAUUCGCGCUUUGAACGAGUUCGAUCCCCGUGCCGCUGGAGCUGGCGGUGCGCCGGAUUGGCGUACAAAGCUGGACUCUCAGCGCGGCGCUGUCGUGGCCACAGAAAUGAAGAACAACAGCUGCAAGCUCGCCAAGUGGACUGUGCAGAGUGUCUUGGCUGGCGCCGAUGUCCUCAAAAUCGGGUGGAUAUCCCGCGUUAACCCACGUGACAACACUCGGCAUGUUAUCCUCAGCACGACCUCUACGCGGCCGACGGAAUUUGCGGGACAGCUCAACGUGUCACUUGCCAACGGCUGGGGUAUCGUCCGCACAGUCGCCGACAUGUGCAUGAAGCAACCUGAGGGCAAGUACGUCCUCAUUAAGGACCCCAACAAGAUGUGCCAUACGUCCCUGUUGCCGUACCGAUCGUGA